ACCCAACCUGUUUGGAGAAAUAGAACGGAAAACCUUUCUCGUAAAACCCUUGAUCGUUGCCCUCGCCGCUGCCGCUCAUUUACUCCCUUCAUCCGCCUCGUCAGUAGCGUACGAGACGCUGCCGCUCCUCUUCCGCCGCCGCCGCCAGUUUUCUCUUUUGCCGCGAGGUCCCUGCAAGUUGCUCCCCAUCCCUUGUCCUUCUCCGGACGCUACCACUUUCGACGCCAUACGAAUCGGCUUUCCCUACCGUCCUCCUCACCGCAGAUCUGCACUGGCUCCAGGAUUCUGAAUCCGCGUCUUCUGGUUCUGCCAGCUUCUGGCCCGCUGUCCCUCUCUUCUCUUCUCCAGCGAAGAGAAUCACAGGCGAGUCGAACUCAACUCUAUCGAGUACCAGCAAGUGGGGCUAUACUUGUGCUUGAUUAUUGAUCGUGAAUUUCUAAGUUUCCUUGUGCGAUCCCCUCUCACCCGAAUCCAGGCAUUUGCUUCGAUCCAAGUGAACUUGCCCUAAUUGAGCUACCACUUUGACGACAAGGUCAACACACCAUCACUUACUAAAGUGCUUCUUGCCUUGUUCUUCUCUCUCGUCAUCACUAUAACCCCAAGUAACCUUCAGCCAGAUGAAUUCAAUGCCUUCAGAUUCUGCAUCAAUGAGCUUUGUUGAUAGAGUCGUCGUUCCAGGCGACCAUGUUUUGGAUCUUACCGGAAUGGCUAAUCAGACCAUCAAAUUGGGGGCAGGGCUGCGUCAGGAUGGUGAUGCAAUAUCGGUCAUGAAGGCUGGGAAGUUGAGAAUUUCAAAGCCCAACAAAUAUUGGGUCGAAAGUUCUCACAAAAGGUAUGUGCCUUGCGUGGAGGAUACAGUUCUUGGCAUUGUGGUGGAUUCUAAAUUUGAUAACUUUUUGGUUGACAUAAAAGCUCCUAUGUUGGGUUUGCUUCCUGUUCUUGCAUUUGAGGGUGGAACUCGAAGAAACAUACCCAAGUUUGAGAUUGGUACUCUACUGUAUGUCAGAGUAGUCAAAGCUAACAACACCAUGAAUCCUGAACUUUCUUGCAUGGAUGAGACAGGGAAAGCUGCCGAGUUUGGUCCCCUGAAAGAUGGCUACAUGUUCGAAACCUCGACUGGCUUAGCACGCAUGUUGCUAAGUUCUCCGCCCUGCCCAAUUCUUGAGUCUCUCGGGAAGAGUUUGUCUUAUGAAAUUGCCAUUGGUUUAAACGGCCGUGUCUGGGUGAACGCUGCCUCCCCAUCGACAGUCAUUCUGGUAUCGAAUGCAAUCAUGAAUUCAGAGUUUUUGAGUGCUGCGCAGCAAAAGAUCAUGGUGGAGAAACUCAUGAAGAGACUUCAGUGAUGGUUAGUGUUUGUUAAUGUUGUUUUGGGUCCUUUUUCUUGUUCUAGCUCGCUGUGCCCCUAUGAACCCAAACCGGAAUGUUGUUCAAAGAUUUAUUCCAUCGACAAAUUUCUUCUCAUAUGUUGUUUCGUACGCAUUCUUUGUUUUGAUAUAUCUAAGUGAGUUUUCUAAUUUAUUCCUACAA